GUCUCUCAUUGCAAACCGGCUGUACCAAAAAAAUUUGAUUCCUUGAUUCGUUGACUACCGCCGCUCGUUAGACGGCCGCAUACAAUUCAUUGACUACUUUGGAUUGAAAUUGAUGAUAAAUUAAGACUAAGAGGAAGGCGGAGAGAACCCUUGCCUCCAAAAAAAAUGCUCGUGGCCACAACCGCUUUUGAUCAUAAUGUCCGAAGAUAACGGGCAACGGCGACGUUGUAGUGUCAUUCUGCAGACAUUGACGUAUUGACCAGCUUGCUCUCGUGCUUGAUGUGCAACAGUAAAGUCCCCAGUUACGGUGCAGAAACAAUUUCGCACUUGGUUCUCACCAGACCUUCGACUCGGUCUAGCCUCGUCGAGCACGAAUACGUGUUGAAGGGGGUCGUGUGAUAGUCUGGCGGAGCAGACCCUGUACCCGCACCGACGUUUUCCAGGGACCUACGUAGGCACGACCGGAGUUCGCAACAGACGUGUGGUCGGCGGAGAUAUUAUCGAUAGAUAUCGCUGUACGAAGUGCAAGUGCCCGAGGACGAGGCUCGAUCGGCAAUCGCUGGUCAUUCGGAGUACACACAGCAUCCAUCACUCGAGCUAUUACGAGAGAAUCUACAGGUGAGCAACAGCACGACAGCGACAGGCUUCGAAGAUGCUACAGCGUUCUUCGACAUUUCUAGUCGGGACGCGACAACAACGUGUGAACCUGGCAGAAUUCGGCAAGGAAGAGAGGGAAACGGUAGAAGCAGCGUGGCUUCGACGCAAUGUACCACUAUGCUUCGCUUGUGAAGCAUACCAGGAUACGCAUCCAGCUAAAAAACAGAUGGGCUUGACAGACGCUGAUGCAACGCUGUGCUCACCGAUGAUGGUAAAAGCACAUGAAACUAAGACCUAGUUUCAGUAGGAAAAUUUAAUGGUCUACUUUCUACAAUGCUGAGUUGUGGGCUAAUAGAGCCUAAAAUACUCAUGAUCGCACCGAUUUUAUCGACCAAGUGAUGGUACAACAACGUACGAAUGAUUGUAUCAGGCUUGUUGAUGUUUUGAUUUUUCUAUUCAUGGUCGUCUAUCAUGUCAGGUAGGCGUAAUGGACGGGGUGUCACAGCUAGAAGAAUUUGGAAUGGAUCCAAGCGAGUUGCCACAACAGCUAUGUCGCGCAGUAGAAGAGCUCGCUUUUCAACAGCUACUACCAGAAACAGACGGAGGCAAUGCGAAGGAAAUGUAUUCCAUUUUUAGAAGGCCGUUUACCAGUAGUCCAGUUUUAUUCUAUAUUCGAGGACCACAUUGUCAUCAUCGUGAACGACGUGCUCGCUGGAACAAACAACAGCUUGUUUCCAGGAAAGAUGAAAUAAUAGGUCUUUUUGUUCUUGGACGUUGACGUGAAAUAUUCAUUCUGAUUUUAUGCUUUCAACUUACAGAUAUCGUGGUCCAGUUUCGUUGCUCUCGGACGCGUACCAGGCGACGGACGCACUGGGGUCUACCACUGUCUUGCUUUGCGCGCUUGACAACCAUACCAAAGUGCACGGCCGAACACAUCCGAUGAUAGCAGUGUUGAGCAUUGGAGAUUGCGAGCUUCUCCUUCUAAGAAGAUCGAAAUCGACAGCUCCGCUCGAAACUGUACUCAAGAUCAGAAGUACUAAUCUUUUCUUUAUCAAGUCCAGUUACUCUCUUGACACUAAGAAAGUUGUUCGUGACUCGAAGAUUUACUGCAUGCUCGUAGCGAUGAUAGGUGGACGAUGGUUCUGAUGUACUAAGUGAUUCGCAUGUGGACCGUUAGAACUUAUUAUUACACAGAGGAGAUUUUUCUACUUCUAUAAUGAUAAUAGAAAUAAUCUCUUGACCAUCUUCAACGCAGAUAUUUCAUACGGAGAUGCAGAGGAUAGGCGGAAACAAGCAGGCGCCAUUACAAGUUGCGCGCGUCGACGAGAGAAUAGACGAAGAUUUCGAGGAGGAGAUAGCACUUGAGGUACUUAAUUUACUCUUGCCUUACCGAUUGAAAAUCAAGAAGUGAAAGAGAAAAUUUCCACACCUUCAUCUGAAACUAGGAGCAGGUGGUCAUGACUCAUGUUUUAUCAUUGUGGUGAUGAAGACGUUGAAUACAGAAGUGAAUGACCAUGACGCUGAUGUCAUCGAGGAUCCUCAGUUACGCUCAAGAAUGUGAGUAGCGGUGGAUGCCAAUCUGAUGUCUCAUUUCUGAAGAAAAUCGUGAUCGUGAUCACCGUCUCUUUUGUGGAUUGGCACUGAUGAUGAAAUGCUUGUCAUUCUUGUCAGUCAAAGGCUUUUCGUUUGCGGCGGAAGAGAAUAAUGAUUGCUUUCCUCUUCUUGCUACUAGCUGAAGAUAGUAGUCACAAUCCUCACUUGAACGCGUUGUCAGGCAUUUCUAUCCCGAACGCUCACCCUCUCAUAGGUGAGCCAACUCCUAUUUUAUCCUUUGAUGAAGAUGAAGAACUAUCGAUGAGCCGGCAAAUAACUACAAUCACGCACUCAGAAUGAUUCUGGAAGAAGCUUGAUGAAAUUCGUCAGGUUAUUCGCGACGGAAGCGCGGUUCACUGCUUUACAGCGCAGGAAGGCGACGUCGUUAUAAUGGGAAGUGGUAUCCUCGACUGAUUUAUAACAUUGUCUGAUUAUCAAUGUAUUGCAAUUGCAGAUACUUCUACCCAAACAACAUUCCAGGCAAAUGAAAAAUUUAUGAAAAUAAUUGGAAAUGUGUUUUUGAAUUACAUACUUCGUUUCGUCUGGGUUUUUAGAUCGCAUUUAGUUUUUUGGUAUAAGGUUUCAUUCUUGAUUUUGUAGAUGGGAUGUUGAUAGUACUGGUGAGCCUCGGCGGCGAAACUUUUAGUGAAUUGAGUAUUGAACGAUAGAACUACAUUGUCUAAUAUUACGUCUUGAAGUUUUUAAUUCUGUUUGAUAGUGAUAGCAUAUUUAUUUGUAAAAUCUUUGUAGAAAUAUAUGACAAUAAAAUAUUUGUUGUGUACCAAGAAGGUAGACUAGGGCAGAAGCUUUCUCAGUACUAUUAUAUUUCAGAUUUGAAUGUUUAGCGUUAGUAGUUACAAACUGAAGCAAAAUCAAGAGGUGUGGUACUUAGCAGUAUACUCUCCUGCAUGUCGUUUCAAGGUCUAGAAAAUAUUGUGGAUGAUGAUUAUUCUCGAAGACUCAAUCUCCGAACCGAUGCUGAAAUACCGCUCUGAUUUUUUGUUGAUGGAUUCAUUUUUUUAGUCGUGUUUACUUCUGCCAACGGAUAUUGUACCACACUACAUUGAUCGAGUAAGAAAUAAUUUUUGAAUACCCCUCAUUAGUCUUUGAACGUUAAUGUUUUUAAUUGGUCGUCCCUAUUACCUAGAUUGACUAAGUAAAAAUAGUAAAACAUUGCGAAUCAAGAUGUUUAGCCGAGAUCGCACGGAAUCGUAUUUCAGCGAGGGCACUCACAGUCCAGGGACAAGUCGGAACGUAGGCGCAGCGUCGGCAAAGCAGUUUGGUGUCGGCGGACUCCUGGUGGAAGGAAUGGCACAGCUAGGUGGUGUCAAAGCAGCAUUGGAGAUGGCAAGCAAACAGGAAAAGAAUGGCGAAUGCCAUUUAAAUGGGACUGCCAACGUCGGAAUGCCAUCUUCGAAUGAAGCCUACAAGAGUACUAAUUGCGCUGUUGCUGACCACAUCAGUGCUGCUAAGCUGCAGUCGACGCAGAAGGUUCAGGCCUCCUGUUCUCCUCACUUGAAGGGCGUCGGACAAGAAGAUGCUUCUGUUUCUGGUCAACAAAAGAGCAGGUGCAUUGUGACUCAAGGUCCUGAACAAGCUGAUAUAUCCAAAGUGAAUUCUGUUCAUGAUGGUGGAGACAUCGACUGCAUGGGCAGUGAGGACUGGGAAGACAUGUACUCUACACUCGAACAACAAGGAUUCGGAGCAGGGAAAGGUCAAUCUUCUAGUACUGAGGAGGAUCAUGGUCGUAUUGGGCAAAAGGAAGAUAGUAUUGAUGAUAUUGAUAUUCUCGGUAACGGGACGAAUUAUGCUCUUCUACAAGAUGAGAAGCAUGACCAGGAAAAGCGGGAUCAGGGUUUUCUGCUCGAUCAGAAGAAGCAUAACAAGAUGAACGAAGAGAGGAAUUUUUCCAUGACUGCUACACAUGCACUCGUGAAAAAGCGCGCCUCCUCUAGCUCUACACAAGAAGUACUAGAAGAACAAGUUGUACAACCGCGUGAUCCUGUACUCGAAGCAGCACGCGAUCACUGGUACGAGUUUCGAGAGGGGACUGUCCCUAUUCUACGUUUGAAGCAUGUCCCGCAUGAUGUCGACGUAGUGCAUGUGGAAGAUGCUUUGGGAUCUCAUGCCGCGAACUUGUGCGGACGCAUUCUGGUUGAUCGCACACAUAAGAUGAUGCAAUUGGAGUUCCGUAAUCUGGGCCUGUGUCUUGCAGCACGCGAAGCUUUGUGCCGUGUGAAACUAAAACUCUACUACGAAACACACGUCCUCGGCCCUCUUAAGCUCGCCGCAAAUCAAACACCGGGAAAAAUGCACUCAGUAUCGUCGCACAAACAAGGCCGUCAGGCUGCGGCUGCUGCUCUAGCUGUCAAAACUUCGGCUACAGAAAAUGUUGAUACAACUAGCUUGCAAGUACUGCCUAAGAAAUGUGACUCGGAGAAGGACGACAAUAAGUGUAAACAGGAAGAAAUGGACAACAAUGCAGCGAUUGGUAUGGAUUGUGAUCAACAAGCAUUGUUCGUGGAGGAGCAUGAUCUUGCUGGACAAGGUCCAUUGAAGCGCCGAAAAACGACGGAGCAUAUGAUAGAUUGUCAAGACGUUGAUAGCAAGAAGAUGGCUUCUCCUUCGUCAGAUAAUGAGCUCCCGAAGGGCCGCACGACCACGACUGAGACUCCCACUAGACUACCGUCUUUUGAUAAUCUCUUUAUCGUAGAUCAGCAGAGGACCCGAUCUUUGAGCCAAUUCUCGCUGUACAACUUGACUGCGAAGGCCCUACAAGUAGCGCGUCUGCCUCCAACUGUGCGUGGAUCUUCAUUCGAACGAGAGUCCAAAAAAGCUGGCCUCUCAGAUGGCGUUUCCGAACGGACGCUGAGCUCGGGCACGCCACGACUCUCUGCCGACGUGACGCCACAGCACCAAUGUGCAGUGUCUGGUGUCGGCGACACGACGAUGGAUGCAGAAACAGUUGCAAACGGAAAUGGAGAUCGAACGACACCGAAUAUUGUGCCGAAAAGCUCGCCCUUCGUGCGUUACACGGGUGCUUCUGAAACGAACGUUCCUGCGGGCUGGUUCCCCAAAAGCGGCUACCGUUGUAAUCCAAAUAACUGCUCCUACGAUCGCAACGGUGCGCCCCGACGCCAAGACAAUCACAAUUAUGGAUUCAAAGGCCGUCCUGGUGCAAAGCACGAUAAUCGAGGUAAAGGCGGCGGUAGAAAAGGAAUCUACGAUAGUCGUGACAAUCGUAGUCGGUCGAACGGUCACCAGCACGGUAACUAUAAUAAGAAUAAUCCCAAGUACAUCAAUAACCAUGGAGGUAAGCGGUGUGGAGGAGGUGCCCGCAAGGGAAAUGAUAAACGUCAUCACAAUAAUCAUCACAACGGUAAGGGAAUGGGAAAUCACUACAACGACAGAUGGAAUGGUCCUCUUAAGAGACCGGAGCAUGGUCGUGGCGGUAAUUUUCGCAACAACAGAAACAACCGCAAUCGUGAUCGCAGUGAGACCUGGGCGGGCGACAAUCACCACGGCGAUUCUCCCAGGGAACACGGCCCGCUAUCAAGCCCUCGCCACGGAACUGGGAAGGGAGGCAACAUCAACAACAAUUUUAGGCGCGGUUCAUCUUGGGAUGACGGUAAUUUUAACGAUCAUUACAAUAAUAGCGACUACGAUGAUCACGAAGAUUACGAGCAUGAUAACUACAACUACAACGCUUCCUCCGCUCACCCAGAUGAUUAUCGGAGCAACCACCAGCCCGCCGACGGCGACUACAACGAACAGAACUACAACAACUUCGCUGAAGGAGACUUUCAAAGCUUUGAUGAACACAUUCAGAAUAGUCAGUACUUCUCGGGUCAACACCAGAACGGACAAUACGAUAAUAAUGCACCAAUCGCGAAUAAUGGUGGCGACUCGAAUCAGCCCUGGGACGACGACACAGUCGCUAGUGGCCUGCAGGCUUUGAUUGGGUCUAGUGCUCUGGAUUUUCUGGGCAGCAACAUAUGACCGAACUUCACUAGAAAAUGAUAUAUUCUGACUCAUCAGUUAUCUUUCUAGCGCUGCACUUUCAGAUAUCAAUAUUUGUUGCGAAUAUUCACUCUCUCUCUUUGAAGCUUACCCAGCUUUGUCAUCCGAAACAUAAUUUUGAAAAUGGAACGGGAUUGAGAAUGAAUAUUCGAGUAGCUCAAUAAACCCUCCUGUUUCAUAUAACGGCUCGACGAAUAGUGGCAGCAGUACGUACGCGGAGCAGUCAGCAUCUUCUUCCUCAAAUAUCCUAAGUGGUCUAUUGGCCCCACCAGCAGUUACUACGUCUGUACCCUCCGCUGCUUCUUCAGUUGAGGAUGAUUGGUCAAAAGUGUGGAACGAGAUAAUUGGCAGUUCUUAGGUACGAAACUGAAGAGUCAUGGAAGCUGUUUUGUAUCUUACUAACUCCUGGAGUCUGCAUCGCUGGCUUGGGUCUCCAAUAAGAGGCGUUCCUGAGUACGGAGAUCGAUCGAGUAAGCAAGAAAAGGGAGAGAUUUCAAGCAUCGUCGGGAGUCUGUUUGAUGAAGCUGAACUCUCUCGUGAACAAGAAUCUGCUGUUUGAUUAUGUUGUUGUAAACUAGUUGUACUGUGUGAACUUCGUGAUUUUAUAGUUCGUGUACUCAAGGGUUAUGUUCGUAUCUAUUCCACUACGCAAAUGUUGUUUCUGCCGACCCACACAAAUCAUACAGCAGUUUAUCUAAUUGACAAUAUAAUCGAAAACUUAAGAUAAGCGAGAAGCUAACUGAAAUUAAAGGGUCGCUACGUUGUUCCUCUUUCAGUAUCUCGGUUAUUCAAAGUAGCAACUUGCUUAUUCCAGUUUUUCGAAUACGCAUUGAAUCUAGAAAAACUACUGGCUAAUUACGAACAAGGGCUGUGGAUUUUCAUGUAUAUUUUGAUCGUGGAUAAUCAUUGUGUUAACAAGUCUUCGCAUGUUUCCAGACGCUAAUGUAUAUAAUAAUUUGGCGAAUAGAUACAAUAUUAUCUCGUGCUCUUUGAGAAUGUUUCAAGAGAAAGCUCAACAUUAUAGAUGAUGGGUAGUCGAACACGAAUCUUUUAGAGAAGUCACCGCAAGGAUCGGGCAACAGGUACUACUGCUAAAAGCCCUAGCAGCAAAAUUUCAAAAUGACCAAUGUUCUACCGAAGACAGCCCCUCACUUUAGUAUGAAGAAAAAUAGAAUCGGCAUCUCGUUUGACUUAAUAGACGCGACGCUUAUGAUCUAAUAUCCCUGCUCGUAUCGGCUUUUACCACUACUUGGAUGUGAUUGUCAUUGUUGUACGAGUUACAUUUAGGGCGCAUGUCAGGCAUCACUCUCUUGUGCGGUGCACAAGAGGAAGACGUGAGGCAGCCUGCAUUUCGAUAGUUAGAAAAGAUGCUUUCCUCUCAUUCACCACCCUUUGUGGUUCCCAUUCGAUGAAGGACAAAACUUAUAUCUUCCUUGUCGUCGCGGUCGCUGACGAUAAAAACAUAGAAUUCGCCUUAUAUCUCCAUACUAGCAGCGGCGUUGCCUUCGGCUCUUUUGUGAGGCGUUUUUGCAUUUGAGAAGCGACCAUAUUUUUCGCCGCCAUUUUGUGGUUGGGGUUUUAGCACGUGCAUAUUCUUGCGGGCUUGGAUACUGAAAAAUUGAGGACGAGAGAGAAAAUGCAAGAGACCGUCCUACAUCAUUUGAGCGAAAGAGAGCCUGUCAUGGGUAAGUACACUAUAUGAGUACUUAAUUAUCUUUCGCACUAUCAGUAUCACUCACAGGCACACCACUCCUCUACUCCAACAUCUUCAGACGGCGUCUUCGACAACCUGUACGCGCACGAGGUGGUGAGUAUCGUGAAUAGCUAUUUCGCGCCUGCAGCAGGCGGAAAAUUCGUGCCGCAGACAUCGGAGACGAUGAAAGCGGUGUGCAAAGCGGUCGUUGCAGCAUCACACGCCAAGAGUGGAGAAGAUGGAAAGAAUCGAACUUCCCUCACGCCUCUAGGCUACGGUGGAAAGAUAGACGACACAAGCUGCGUGGUAGGGGAGGUGGUGGAGUACACAAGCUACCAUAGCGACCUCAUACACCGCGCGAGGCGGCAACGCAAGCUUAAAAAGUAUUAGUGCGUGUUAUUAGUAAGUUCACAGUUUUGACAACAAGAUGAGUUGGACCAUGUCGACAUACAGCAUAGCUGUAGCACUUUAUUUCCAACUACUGCUCAUCAUGUCAACUUCGCCUGAGAACAGGUUUUAUGGAUGCAUGCGAACAGCUUGUUUUCCGGUAACGGCGUGUGCCUCAGCUGCUUCCGCCCCAUGCAGAGAGGGCGGCUGCUGUGCCCCGUCAGAAAAGGGUGUAGAUGCUGCGGAACAUUCUAUAAAAGACGGAAUAUCGACCGCGACACCGAGUAAGGACUCUUCUGCUAGUGCACCGAGCAAGGGGCCUUAUGAUUAUGACUAGUGUGAUGCAUGCUUUCAUUUUGACUAUUGCUCUUGUACGCCAGGAAGACUUUGUAUAUCCUCACACGCAGACGGACCCCAUGCUGGGAUUGGGUAUGCUACUAAAAGAGGCGCCUACCUGCUCCUACAGAGAUUCCAUAGUUUUCAACUCCUUUGGAAUUUGUUCUAAUUCAACGACCCCGCGUUAGCACGGGAUCUGACAGGAUACUCGUACACAAAUCCCUACGCGACGUUUACGAAUCCAUACGAGACAUUUGCAGCGCCAUCAUACGACACGGGUCCUACGAGCGGCUUCGGCUAUAGUUAUGAAGGGGCGACUCGCAAUCGCAAUCGGAAUGGGAAUCUCGAUUUUGUAAUUACUCAUACGGGUGUAGUAGUUGUUGAAUGAAGUGGUAGUUGGUUGUGUUGGCUGAAAAAGGAUGUGAUCCCCAGGAAGCUAUCGAAGCGUUGCUUUGAGUAACGUUUUGUUUGUGCGGCUCCGCGAUGGAAAUGGAAUGUGACGCUAGGGCGCAUUGUCCCAUCCUUGCCGCCGGUAAUCAUGAUGGUCGAUGGCGACUACAUCUGUGAUUAUCUUAAUCCGCACUGCGCUGUAAAUUCCUUACCAUGAGUUUACCUCUGUGUAAGUUUUGCGUCAAAGAAGGCCAGUAAGGGUCGAACCUGAAGUACAUGACCAUGACCAUAGCUAAAAUUUGAUGGCGCCCAUGUUGAGCAAAAGCCGUACCUCCUUGUCGUGCCUUUCCACAUUCAUGUCUCCGACUAUUUCGCACCAGGCAGUGUGGCAACGUACACGAACAGUUACGACGCAUACGUGAAUGCGUUCACAAAAGGCGAGCCAUUCGAUUAUGAUGCAACUUCUGCAUGGGUCGUUCCGACACAAGCAGAGCCUGAGGAAGAACUUGCAGAGGCAUCCACAUCGCGAUGCAGCAUAAUGUGA